AUGAACUAUAUAGUGGCAGUUCUGCAUAGUUCUGCUAUCCGUCAGAGGCAUCUCCUCAGCUCCGGCCUUUUCCACACCGGCGCCCUCGUCCUCUCCGGAGAAACGGCUGCCGCCGAAACGCCUGUGGCGGGGCCCACGUACCGGACGCUGCGGGCGCCACCCGAGAUCCCAGUGGCCACAGCGGUGAUUUUGCUGCGGACCACGCAGGAGGCGGCGCUGGAUUGGGGUGGCCCCUUCAGCAAACCUGGUUUAUACCAAACCAGCUUCAACAAGAAACGCAGUGAAGGAUUUCCUGCGUUCAAGGAGCGCUAUGCCACCUAUGACUUGUCUGCACUUUUGAACCAGACACAGCUGCUGGCCAAAGAUCCGCGCACCAAUCGUUUGUAUUUCUCCUUUUUGAACGAGGUCCAGUUUCGCACUCUGCAGGAUGGCAUCAAACGCCGUGGAGAGCAAGAACGGUUCGGCUUGAAUGUGGGAAAUCGUCUCUAUCGGAAGAUCUUGCAGGGCGAUGAAGUAGGACCUCGACUGGUCAAAGGCGAUACGUAUGAUCCGAAGGCUCCCGUGGACAUGUCAUCACCACUCUCAGGUCGUUGGCCUUCCUUAUCGCCUCCUUUACCCAAAGGUGGCUCUUCAGUCGAUCUGGCUAAGGGCAGUCAACGACUUUUGGACUAUUUGCGACGAGAAGGAUACUGUAAGGAUUUCACCCUUUCCAGCUUCAAGCUGAAAGAUGCUGGGAAACUCAGCUUCGAAAGCUUUGUCGAGGAGCCCAUCAACCUGGAAGCCACCUCAACUCUGAUGCGAAGCCGUGGAUUUCCUCCGCGCUACGACCAACGAAUCCUGCAAGCCUUUUUCGCCGACCGUGGCUUUGAUAGCGAGCUGGACGAUGAGCUCAGUGAUGCCAAGUCUGCAAUGAAAGGUGUUCGCACCAAAUGGAAAGUGAUCCUCAAAGGAUGGAGGCGACCCGAAGUGGUGGCUCCAAUGCCAAGGUCUCUGCUGGAUCAGCCGGAUCAGAAGGAUCCCCUCAAGAUCAAGGGCAGGCGCAUGCGGCUGGAAAUCGAUGCGCAUGUGCUUGGCCGCAGCGAUUUGACCCUCCAAAAACGUUGGCAGGUUCCCAUCGUCUUGACAGAGGAGAAGGAUGAGGAUCAGGAUACAUGGCAGUGUCAGAUGGGGGAGCUCAUCUUUUGCUUGAACGAGCUCUUGAAGCUUCAGGUCUCCAUUGCUAGCUCCUUGGAGGUAGCGUGCCUGGCCUUCCGCCACGCGGAUAGGGAUCUUUCGGACAACAUUCGACGGGCCUUCAACGAGGUGCGGUGCCACGCGGUGCCACUUCCGGCGGCAGUUCUCCGAUUUUUGAUCCGAUAUUUUCUGCGGGUCAGUCGCAAUAUUCUGCCAGACCUGAAGUUGGCCAUUCAGGACGACCUGAGACGAGAGAUUCUGAGAGAAAGCAGCAAGCAUCAAGCUGCAGCUGCUUCUUCCAGGAAAAAGAGCCCAAUUUGGCCGUGA